GAGGACGGCUAGUAAAAUCGAGAGCGAGACGGAGAGAGGAAGGGAGGGAGGGAGGAAGGCAGCGAGGGAGUGAGUGAGAGAGUGAGGAAGAGAGGGAGAUCCUGCUCAACGGUAAUCGCUAUGUUUUCCAUUGUGUGAUAUCACUCAAUACUCCACCCUGAGCGUAUGUCGUAGUGGAAUGGAGGAGAUCAGGCGAAUGGACGCCGUUUUAUUGCGGUUAAUUUAGAGCUUAUUCGUUUAAACUAAAGACCAGUUGGAAGAAUGCGGCUACUGGCAUGACACCUUUUCAGAGAGAUCACACACAUUCAGGCCAGCCCUCAGGCCUAAUUGGACGACACUUGAUGCUAUGAAGCUUUGUGACAAUAAUACUGUCAUCGAGGAGGAGCGCCACGCAAAAGCCAAUGACCGUGAAUAUAAUGAAAGAUUUCGUUAUGCAGACAAUCGCAUCAAGACUUCGAAAUACAACAUCUUCACAUUCCUGCCAAUCAACCUAUUUGAACAAUUCCAGCGUGUUGCCAAUGCCUACUUUUUGUUCCUGCUUAUAUUACAGCUAAUUCCUGAGAUCUCCUCACUGUCCUGGUUUACCACCAUCGUGCCUUUGGUGCUUGUACUAACGAUCACUGCUGUCAAAGAUGCUACAGAUGACUAUUUUCGCCACAAAAGUGACAACCAAGUCAACAACAGACAUUCUCAGGUACUCAUCGAUGGCAAAUUGCAAAAUGAAAAAUGGAUGAACGUACGCGUUGGAGACAUCAUCAAGUUGGAGAACAAUCAGUUUGUUGCUGCAGACUUGCUGCUUUUGUCUAGCAGUGAACCUUAUGGGCUUUGCUAUGUUGAAACAGCUGAGCUGGAUGGGGAGACGAAUUUGAAGGUCCGUCAAGCCUUAACGGUGACCUCAGAACUCGGGGCUGAUAUCAGCUGCCUGGCGGAGUUUAAUGGUGAGGUUAUCUGUGAGCCUCCAAACAACAAAUUAGACAGGUUCUUGGGAACGCUCUUCUGGAAAGACAACAAGUAUUCCCUCGAUAACGAGAAAAUGCUGCUUCGAGGCUGCGUGCUCAGAAAUACGGAGUGGUGCUUCGGAAUGGUCAUCUUUGCAGGGCCUCAAACAAAACUCAUGCAAAACUGCGGGAGGACCAAAUUCAAAAGAACGAGUAUAGACAGACUGAUGAACACUUUAGUUUUAUGGAUAUUUGUUUUUCUUAUAUGUAUGGGGAUCAUUCUUGCUAUUGGAAAUUCAAUCUGGGAAUACAAAGUUGGUAGCAAUUUCCGAAUUUACUUGUCCUGGAAUGAAGUUCUCGAUUAUCCGGUGCUAUCUGGAUUCCUUACUUUCUGGUCGUACAUUAUCAUUCUGAACACGGUGGUGCCGAUCUCCUUAUAUGUCAGCGUGGAGGUCAUUCGCCUCGGUCACAGCCACUUCAUAAACUGGGACAGAAGAAUGUAUUAUGCUAAGAAGGACACCCCUGCCGAGGCACGCACCACAACACUAAAUGAGGAACUGGGCCAGAUUGAAUACAUCUUUUCGGACAAAACUGGAACGUUAACGCAGAACAUCAUGGUUUUCAGCAAAUGUUCAAUUAAUGGAAAAACAUACGGGGACGUGUAUGAUGAGCUUGGACGUAAAAUAGAAGUCUCAGAGAAAACCCCAGCCGUGGAUUUUUCAUUCAAUCUCCUGUCAGAUAAGAAAUUUAAAUUUUACGACCACAGUCUUCUGGAAGCAAUCAAAAUCGGAGAGCCGACUGUGCACGAGUUCUUCAGACUUCUGGCCCUUUGCCACACUGUUAUGCCAGAGGAAAAAAACGAAGGGGAUCUUCACUACCAGGCACAGUCACCUGAUGAAGGGGCUCUGGUUACGGCCGCAAGAUCUUUUGGCUUCGUCUUCCGGGCCCGCACUCCAGAAACCAUAACAGUGUAUGAGAUGGGCGAGCCAGUCACCUACCAGUUGCUUGCAAUCCUAGAUUUCAACAACUUCAGGAAACGAAUGAGUGUCAUCGUCAGGAAUCCCAAGGGACAAAUAAAGCUGUACUCCAAAGGAGCCGACGUUAUUCUCUUUGACAGGCUCCAUCCAUCUAAUGACGAUCUCAUGGAGGCAACGUCGGACCACCUCAGCGAGUUUGCAGGAGAGGGUCUGCGGACGCUGGCGCUUGCUUACAAAGAUAUCGAUGAGGACUACUUGGCACAGUGGCUCAAGAAGCUUCAUUUCGCCAGCAUCUCAUUUGACAACCGCGAGGAAUGUCUGUCAGCCUUAUAUGAAGAGAUUGAGCAGAAUAUGAUGUUACUAGGUGCCACUGCCAUUGAAGACAAACUACAAGAAGGCGUUCCAGAGACCAUCGCUUGUUUAAAUCUCACCAACAUUAAGAUCUGGGUCCUCACAGGAGAUAAGCAAGAAACAGCGAUGAAUAUUGGCUAUUCUUGCAACAUAUUGACCGAUGACAUGAAUGAACUUUUCAUUAUAUCAGGCCAUACAGCACUUGAGGUGCAGCAGGAGCUCAGGAAAGCAAAGGAAUGUAUGCUGGGUUCAAGCAGGGACAUCGGCAACGGCCACACGUUUUCUGAAAAGAAGAAGAACUCUGAUUCCGUGUUUGAGGAAACCAUCAGUGGCGAGUAUGCCUUGAUUAUCAAUGGGCACAGCCUGGCCCAGGCUCUAGAGACGGACUUGGAGCGAAUCUUCCUGGACAUUGCCUGCAUGUGUAAAACAGUCAUCUGUUGUCGUGUUACUCCCCUGCAGAAAGCCCACGUGGUCGAGCUUAUAAGGAAAUACAAAAAAGCGGUCACCUUGGCCGUCGGGGAUGGAGCUAAUGACGUGAGCAUGAUAAAAACAGCUCAUAUCGGUGUUGGAAUCAGUGGGCAGGAGGGGAUGCAGGCCGUGCUGGCCAGCGAUUACUCCAUCGCCCAGUUUCGAUAUCUGCAGAGACUGCUGCUUGUUCACGGCCGCUGGUCCUACUUCCGAAUGUGCAAUUUCCUUCAUUAUUUCUUCUACAAGAACUUUGCUUUCACCCUUGUCCACUUUUGGUACGGUUUCUUCUGUGGAUUUUCAGCACAGACGGUGUAUGACCAGUGGUUCGUCACCUUGUUCAACGUCGUUUACACCUCCCUGCCAGUUCUUGCAAUGGGCCUCUUUGAUCAGGAUGUCAACGAGCAAAACAGUAUGGAGUACCCCAAGCUGUAUGAGCCCGGUCAAUUAAACCUCUUAUUCAACAAGCAUAAGUUCUUCAUCUGUACAGUGCAAGGCAUCUACACAUCCUUUGUGCUUUUCUUUAUCCCAUACGGUGCUUUUAUGGACAACGUGAGAGGUGAUGGCUUACAUAUAAUGGACCAGCAGUCGUUUGCUGUCACAAUCGCAACAUCCUUGGUGAUCGUUGUUAGUGUCCAGAUCGGAUUAGACACCAACUACUGGACGGCGGUCAAUCAUUUUUUUAUAUGGGGCAGUGUGGCAGUUUAUUUUUCCAUUUUAUUCUUCUUGCACAGCGAUGGAAUUUUUGACAUGUUUCCCAGUCAGUUUCCCUUUGUUGGAAUUGCUCGCAACUCCUUAUCCCAGAAGAGCGUCUGGCUGGUCAUCCUGCUGACCACUGCGGUGUGUGUCAUGCCGGUGGUGGCUCUGAGGUUCCUGAGGAUUGACUUGAAUCCCACGUUGACAGAUAAGGUGCGACACAUGCAGCAGGCCAGAAGAAAGCAGCGUCCACUGGAGCACAACUUCAAGCGCGUCCGCAGGACAAGCUCCAGGCGCUCAGCCUAUGCCUUUGCACACCAGGAGGGCUACGGAGAACUGAUUACCUCUGGCAAGAAUAUGAAGGGCACCAGCCACUUCUCAAUGACGCCAGGGGGUCGCAUCCAGAACAGUACCAGCUGGAUUGAGAAUCUCCUUAAGAAACGGACAGACCCCACAGGUGCUGACAGGACCCCCAAGCAGCAACACCAGUAGCGGCGUGCCUCCGCUUCCAGAAGAGUCUGUCUUUUGCACUGUGCUUGGACGGUGCCUUGCCAUCAGGAGAUGGACCCCAGAGCAUGAGAGUCCAGUCCUUGGAAUUCCAUGUGCCAUCUUCACGAGGGGUUCUGUGAUAAAAUGGAGAAACAAAUUCAGGAAUGUCACGAGAGAGGUGGCACUGGGGUAGAAUUCUCAUGCUGUCGGUCGCCGGGCAGGAGAACUCACAGCAGAUGGGUUGGGUGGGAUGCUGUGACACAACUCCGCUCUGGACCUGAAGCUUUGAGCCCUGGCAGAGCACACUUAACCAUCAACUCCCCUCGAUGCCUUUACUUUGGGGUCCUUACUUGGAUUAUCAACAUGUGGUAACUGGAUAGCCCUCAUUUCAAUGAGGACCAAUCUCGUAUCCUUCUGGUUUUGGGUUUGGGGAUGUAAACCUACAUCCAUUAGUGCAGCACACAUUGAUUGUCAGACCUGUUUGAGGAUCUUCUCCUCACCCUUCAGUUAGGGCACAGAGCCUGUAUUUUUGACUCUUGUUACCCAAUGAGCCCUUGUUUGUCUGAGAAACCCCACUUGUAGAGUUGGGUUGGGUGGGGGACCCUCAUGACACACCUCCACUCAGGACAUGAACGCGUGGCCUUCGGUACAGCACACGUUGAAUGUCAAGCAUGGUUGAGUUUCCACCACCGCCGAUGUCAUGUGGAAAAUGGUAACCAUCACGUCACUGGAAACCCUCCUCGUAUCCUUUGGAGCAGGGUUGGAUUUAGCAAGAAGUCUUUCCACCUCUCCAUUUGAGAUGUGAACCUCCUGCCCUAGAGCGCAGCGCACACAGAAUAUCAGAUCUACUCAAGUGUCAAGUGUCCACUCAGUAAUGAUCUUUUGAGUUUGUAACAAGUGGCAAAUGACCAACUCUCUCUUCACUGGGAACCAGUCUGGAAUUUUUCUGAAGCUGGGUUGGGUGGGCAGUCUGGGUGUGACUCCAUGGUCCACUUGAGUAUCGACCUGCUGCAUCUCUCUUAUGGUCGUCAUCUUCCUAUUAACUUGUGGUGAAAGGUGAUCUCUUGUUUAAUAAGGGACCAGCCAUGUGUGGUUCUGAAUUUGAUUGGGAGCAAUUCACACGUCCAUUUAGGAUGUAAAUCUAAAGACUUUGCUGCAGCCCACCCUAAAUGUCAGAUCCACUUGAGCCAACCAGUGCCCUUCUAUUGGGUUUGUCACCUCGGUUAUCAGCAAGUGAGGUACGGUCAGCCCUUAUUUCUGUAGACUCCAAUCUUGCAUUCAGGUGGAGUUUUUGUUUUCAGAGGAACUCGGGCUUAUGACACACCUCCACUCAAGGCGCAGUAACAAGUGAAUGUCGAGACCACUCGAGAAUCGCCUCAUGGUUCCUCUGUAGGGAUCACCUGCAAAAAUGGCAUGCGGUAAAAGGUCAUUGUUCACCUCACUGCUGUUAAAUAUUGUAUUCUUGUGGAGGUUCUUGAGCAUUGAGUCGGUAUUAUUACUUAUCACCGUUUCAGAUGCGGAUUUGUAAGGUAAACAUUGAACGCCAAGGCCAUUUGAGAAUCGGAUUAUGGCUCUCCUCUGUUGGGGUCGCCUGAAUGCAGGGCCGGUGCCACCAUUAUGGAAAAUCAGACUUUCGAUCAUAAGGGAGGAUAACCCAUCCACACAGGUUAGCUACCGAACAGUCGGUUGCCACACUAAUAAGCUUUGGCCUUGAGCGGAAAAUAACUAGCACUGGCACUCCUGGAUGGUUGACUUUGCGGUGAAAGGUCAGCAUUCAUUUCACUGGGGUCAAAUCUCGUAUUCUUGUGGAGUUUUUUAAGAGGAAGUUGUCAUUAUUAGACGCCUCCACUCAGGAUGUGAACACUGGUUGUUACAAGCAACGAUUUAGAGGAACCAAAAAGACCAGGAGAUGAUCUCUUAGCCAGAGAUGUAAUCGGGGAAAGCAAAGAGACCCACCCAGGUGAUCAUAGCAAACAAAGUCAAAACACAGGAUGUUAUUUAAAAGUCGGAAGACAAAGCAAAAGUUAGGAACUGUUGUAUCGUGGAGACAAAAGAAAGGACAGGGGUUACAGAGGAGUUGUACACAGUGACAGGCAAAACCAAAAAUGAAAGAAAACCAAGUGUCAAAACCUCAUGGUCGAAAAUCAGAAGCGAAAAUAAAGUCUUAAGAACUUGAAUCACACAAUCGAACCUUGAUUUUGUUUUUUUUUUUUUGAGAAAUCCGUAACCUUGGACAAUCAAGUAAUGCCAGAAAUGGACUUUUAUACCUCAUGACCCCUAACGUUGCUCCGUUCCUGAGUGACCACAUAGUAACUGAUAAACAAAACUACACAAAAUGGUGAGGCUAGAAGGAAACAAAUGAUUAAUAUAUACUUUAAAACAACCACAAACAUCGAGAAUCACUAGCAUGACCUCAAAAAUGUAUAAAGUGAAGUAAAUCAGGUGAAAGGAUGACAAAAUAACAGCACAGAAGAACCAAUAAUGACAACAAUCAGAAAACAAACCUACCGCUCGGGCAAACUGGAAACAUAAGUGAGCUGCAGUAGACAAACGAGACAUUAUGUAUGCACAGGGUGGAUGUAAUUAGGGAGAAUAGUGAAGAGUUACGAUCAGUAAUGAAAUUCAAGAUGGCCGUCUUUUAUUACGUCAAGCGUGAAGGAAUCGGCCAGGUGCGCUCUAUCAGUUCUCUGUAGACAACUGACUAAGAUAACAAAGCAGUGGCCUUAAAUAAAGGGGGUUCAUUUGCAUAAUGCAGUGUAAGCAGCAGUUCAGUUUCCACCAAUCAGAAUCUAAGUAAAUGGUAUAUUCAAAUGCUUUAGUAUUAUCUGGACGUCCCAAAACUGUUAAAACAAAUUAAAAGUCUUUAACAUGCACAUAUUCAUCCCUAAAGAGAAACUUCUUAUUUAAAAAUGAAAUGUUUUUAAUUAUAAUUAUCCCAUCAUUCCCUUGGUGACUGUUCUGGACAUGACUGGUGCAGAAAUUUUGGGUUGCAAAGGACAGACGCAACCUGAACACUCAUAAAUUCACACAGUAAUAGCAAAAUACAAAGAUAUUCUUUCUGAAUGUUUCCACCAGAGUCACGUAUAGGAAACUCGUCACAUUUUCACAGUGACAUCUUCGUGGUGUCAUUGUCAUGACGAUGCGUCUCGGGAGCAGCAUGUAAUCAAAACGGUAAAUCAAAUUGACUUUCUCGGAUAAGGUCAAAAAUGAAAAAUAAUUCACCAAAAAUGGAAUCCUUUAGUUGACUGAAUUUAAGGCGUACAAACGUGUGAAUAUCCCCCGUCAAGAGAAUCGGACCCCGUUAGGAUCAUGAUUUGGAUUAAUGACUUGUGAGUAAAGUUUGCCAUUCACUUCACUAGGGUCCAGUCUCGGAAACAGUGGGCCUUCGCUUCCCCGGAGACCUGGGGUGUAUCCUUAUGAAUUUAGAGAGGUGAAGCCACCACACAUCUACACUUAUGGACCUUUGGAAUUCCUCAGUGCUAUUCAGUCAUUGCCACCUCAGUUAUUAACAUGUCAUAAUGGGGCAGCCAUCUUAUCAAUGGAGACCAAUCCAACAUCCUUGUGGAUUUAGACUCUGUUGUCCUCGCCGCAGCUCACAGUGCCAUGUCCACUCAAGUCUGCCCAACCGUUGGGGGCAUCAAGUGGAAGAUUAGUUUCGUUGAGGACCAAUCUUGUAUUUCUGGAGUUAUGGCCUAAAUCUCCUGAACACCUCCAUUCUGUAGUUGAGCUUGCAGCCCAAACUGAAUGUGAAGCCCACUCAAGUAUUUCCUGGCUGCUAUUCUCUUGAGGUCAUUGACAAAUUGAGGAAUGGUUAGCUCUAAUCUCUUUUGGUGGGGGUCACGCAUGCAUUUCUGGGGAGGGGUGACACUGUAUCCUCCGAUCUAAAUGGAGGUCCAUCCUGGUAUUCGCUGAGUGCCUUUCCAUUGGGAUUGUCACCACUUGUGGUAACUUCACUUCACUGAGGACCAGUGUGAUGGGAGAUACUACACACCCGCACCCAAAAUGUGAACCUAAAUUCAGGGCUGAGCCCCUCUGAGUAGGCAUUCACUAAUCAUUCAUUGUGGUCUUCACCAGCAUGUUUGAGCUGCUGUAGCUGGUCAGGCCUUGUUUCAAUGGGGUGUAAUCUUCUGUCCACCUUGGUUUGUGGAGACCUCAGGAAAGGAAAUUCUGAUUUGGGCCCACUUGAACUACAUCAUUUUUUUACUUUUCUUUUAUUGGCAGGUGUCAUGGGGUUUUGUACUUUACAUUCCAUCCAAAAAUAAAGCAUCGACCUUGACCGACCAGUCGCCGUCCCCCGUCAUUCACAUCCAGAUUAGAGCCUGUCUGCUCUCGAUGUACGCCAUGAUGAUCAUCUCAAGUGAGCUGCUGUUAGAACAGACAGUGAUGCCAAUAUGCCCGUCCACUUUCCAAUGAUUGACAGGCUUCCUGUCCAGUCAUCUUGGUAGGAUUUCAUUUUCUGGACAAACUAAGCCCCAAAAUGAUGAAGUAAUGCAUGAGGAGAACAAAGGGGGGCAUCCUAAGGAGGGUAUAUCCAAUAUCCACACUACUAAAUUUUCAUUUAACAAAAGUGCUUUUAAAUUAAAAUGAUCUCCGUCCACACUUGCAUCUUCACGUUGUCUGCAAAAGUAUUUUCGUCCACACCAUAAUUUAUUGAAGUAGGGGUCACGGGUUGUCACCUUUUGGGUCGUACAGAGUCGGCAUUUAACGUCGGAAUCGAUGUGGAAGGGUCGCAUACAGUUUGCUAAUUACCUGCUAAGUAUGCUUGUCCAAUCAACAACUAUAGAUUUUGUAAUUAGUAGAUUUAUAUUAAAAGAUCAUUUUAGCAAAUCCAUCCAGCCAUUUUUUCCAACCGCUUUCUCCAUUAUGCAGUCGCAGGGAGACUAGGCCUUUCUUUGUAGCCUCAAGUGCAAGGCAACUGCCAACUCUGAGUGGGAUACCACUGAGCACAUUUUGAGGUGCCAGUUAACUUUGGCAUCUUUGGUGUAUGGGGGGGAGAUGGGGGCAUGGUAGUGGGCACAGAAGGAGUAUCUGGAGAAAAGUCACACUGGCACAGAGAGACAUGCACACUCCACACAGACUGUCACUAGCCUGGCAUUUGAACCCUGAUAUGAACUGGAGACUUUGGAUACUUGUUAAGAUUCUGGAAAAAGGAAAUGUUUAAAGAAACACCUGACGUGGUGGAAUGAGAGUAGGAAAGAACCGUCAUGAGCUGGUGGGACAAACACUUAGAGGAAAAGUCGGCUUCUAAUGGAGAGAAAAGUGAGAAUGAAAAUCCAACUAAAAUCUAGAUAGAUAGAUACAUUAAUAUCUAUCUAUCAAAGUAUAGUAGGCAGGAGAGAUAGAUAGAU